CCGGCACUUUCUUCUUCUGCUUUAGGGUAGUGGCCGGUCCCCUUGUCUGCUCACUAUGCGGAGCUCCCUAGCUCCCGGAAUCUGGCUCCUCCGCGCCUUCUCCAGGGACAGCUGGUACCGAGGUCUUAUUCUGCUGCUCACCUUUCUCAUUUAUACCUGUUACCACAUGUCUAGGAAGCCAAUCAGCAUUGUCAAGAGUCAGCUGCAUCGAAACUGUACAGGGCUAGAAAAGCCCAACAACGACUCCAACAGCACCACAUGGUGUGACUGGGCUCCAUUUGAUCAGGACAACUACAAGGAACUGCUGGGGGGUGUGGAUGAUGCUUUUCUGAUCGCCUAUGCUGUUGGCAUGUUCUUCAGUGGAAUUUUUGGAGAGAGACUUCCCCUCCGCUAUUACCUGUUUGCUGGGAUGCUGCUGAGUGGGAUUUUUACUUCGCUCUUUGGCCUGGGUUAUUACUGGAACAUUCACCAACUGUGGUACUAUGUGCUUGUCCAGGUCUUCAGUGGACUGGCACAGACCACAGGCUGGCCAUCAGUGGUGACCUGUGUUGGUAACUGGUUUGGGAAAGGAAAGCGUGGAUUUAUCAUGGGUGUCUGGAACUCCCACACAUCUGUGGGCAACAUACUGGGCUCCCUGAUUGCAGGUAUCUGGGUGGAUUCAGCUUGGGGCCUGUCCUUCAUCGUUCCUGGUAUUGUCAUCGCUGUCAUGGGCCUCAUCAGCUUCUUCUUCCUUAUUGAGUACCCUGAAGAUGUGGACUGUACCCCACCUCAGCACCAUAAUGGGCCUGCUGAAGACCUGGGUACAUCUGUGGAUUGUCCUGAGAGGGAGAGUGGAACUGAAGGCGCUGCAUGUUCCAAGGUGUCAGAUGAAAAGCCUGAGGCCAUCAGUUUCCUAGGGGCACUCAGGAUCCCGGGUGUAGUGGAGUUCUCCUUGUGUCUGCUGUUUGCCAAGCUGGUCAGUUAUACCUUCUUAUUUUGGUUGCCCCUCUACAUCGUUAAUGUGGCUCAUUUUGGACCCAAGGAAGCUGGAGAUCUUUCUACCCUCUUUGAUGUUGGUGGCAUAAUAGGUGGCAUCCUUGCAGGGAUCAUCUCUGACUAUACCAAUGGCAGGGCCACUACCUGCUGUGUCAUGCUGAUUGUAGCUGCCCCUAUGCUAUUCCUGUACAACUCUGUUGGCCAGAAUGGGAUUGGCAGUUCUGUAGUGAUGUUGAUUAUCUGUGGGUCUUUGGUCAAUGGGCCCUACUCUCUCAUCACCACUGCUGUCUCAGCUGACCUGGGCACACACAAGAGUCUGAGAGGCAAUGCAAAGGCACUUUCUACUGUGGCAGCCAUUAUUGAUGGAACUGGCUCCAUAGGUGCUGCUUUAGGGCCUUUGCUAGCUGGACUCAUCUCCCCUACAGGCUGGAACAAUGUCUUCUAUAUGCUGAUCUCGGCAGAUGUCUUGGCUUGCCUGUUUCUCUCUCGCUUGGUCUUCAAAGAGAUCCAGGCCUGGAGGGGAUGUGUGAAUAGAAACAGAGGAUAUAAAGAAAUAUGAGGCCCCCACCUGAAGUAUAGGAGCCAAGGAUCUCUGCUGGAUGCCCGGAAAACUCUCCAAUGGAGACACCCACAGACAUAAACAGACAUUUGGGGCAGCCAGAGCUGUCUAGCCCCAGGCCUGCCCAGGGACCUGCUGCUAUAAGACCUGCCAGCCCAAGUCUUUAUAGAAUUUCCAGGGGAAAGAGGCUGAACAGCCUCAGGGAAUCAUAGAUUAAAGAAAACUGACACAUUUUGAGCAGGAAGUGUGUUGUGAGUAGUACAUAUAAUAGUAGGGCUAGAGCUAAAGUGGCAUCCCAAUCACAAGAAAAGAAAGGUGGCACAGUCUUUUGCCUAUCCUAGGUCUAGUUUCUCUGCUGAAUUCAGCAACUCUUAAAUUUUAGGUGCCGAGAUAGACAGUAAGGAUUCUGUGGGGACAAAACACAACAAUAGACCAUACUACUCUUUUCCUCUUACCCACUCACAUUAAUUUUGAAUGGACUUUGUAUUCAAUUGUUUCCCCUCCCCGUAACAGAGGUACCUUACCAUGUUUUCAGGUGAACAGCUGCAGAGUUUGGGGUCUACUGUUUUCCUGCUCUAUGACCUUCAUAUCUCUGUACCCCCCAAAUUUACUCUUUCCCCGACUCCUACCCACUGCUGCGAACUCUGCCUUUGUUUAUAAAUGACAGCUCAACUUCUCCAUCCUUGAUUAAAAAUGUAACAACCUUUGUAUUGAUA